AUGAGAAGCAAAACUACAAGUGAGAGUGAGAGUGAGAGUGAGAGUGAGAGUGAGAGUGAGAAUGAGAAUGAAAAUGAGAAUGCGUCUACAAAAGCUCAGAAGGGAAUUCUGACAGCGAAAGAAUUGGCUCAACGAGCCGUUAGGAGAAAGUCCGCUUACGAUAAAGAACAAACUCCCUUCAACCACGAUGACAGACACACCAAAGGCGGGUUCUGA